AUGAAUGUCAAAUUUCCACAUGAUCUCAACCGAAAGCUGAGACCACUUAGCAAAGUGAAAUGAUAGAAAGAUAAGGAACUCCAAGCAAGCCUGCCUAUUCUGAAACCAUUCUUCCCUGAUGAUUACUUUUGCCAUUUUGCUCUACUGAUAACUGCAAUUCGUUUGCCCACAAAUGACAUAAAUAUGGCAAAAUUUACUGAUUAA